AUGCAGGUGACACUCCUGAUCCUGACGUUCGUUCUUGCUAUUGCGCUGGCGUCGCUGAUGGGUUGGCACAUUCAUCUCGUGAUUUCCAACAAGACCACCAUCGAAUAUCACGAGGGUGUGACGGCCAAGCUGAAGGCCUCCAAGAUGGGCCGAUCUUGGGAGCACCCGUACGAUGUUGGGCUGGCGGGCAACCUGGUAGACAUGUUUGGCGACGGCCUAUUCCAAUGGCUACAAAUAAGGGCCGGCCUGCGCGGCACGGGAACUUCCUUUCUCACUAUUUUGGAUGACAAGCAGCGGACCUGA